AUGGCCGGCGGCAGGCCUCAAGGGCCGUCCACGUCCGUCUCCCAUUGUUAGAGACAGCGCGAGAAACCAGGGCGAGACAAGCCAGGAGAAGUAUUUCAUUCAAAUCCACAAGUUCUAAACGCACAAACAGGGAGAGCAGAGAUUUGUCGUCCCCUACACGUUUCCCGGUCCUUGCCCGGCCUCUUCUGGUGGCCGGAGCCUGACAUUCCGGCCGUCUUCCUCUCUCUCUCUCUCUCUCUCUUUUCUUCUUCCUUUCUUUUCGAAUUUCCUAUUCGUUCGAUCUCCUUAUAAGACUUUCUCGGAUUCUUUCUUCCUCUUUGAUUCGGUUGGCCUGUUCAAUCCGUUCUCCCUCGUUCCUGGCCCUUACAGCACCAGAAAUGGAUGGCCUUAAAACUCCAUUCAAAGGGAUUAUAAGCGAUGUGAAAGGAAGGUUGGCAUGCUACAAGCAGGACUGGACAGAGGCAUGCUAUGGUCUUAGGAUACUGGCUCCAACUGCAUACAUCUUUUUUGCUUCUGCUCUUCCUGUCAUUGCAUUUGGCGAACAAUUGAGUAGGGAAACAGAUGGAAGCUUGAGCACAGUAGAGACUCUUGCUUCUACUGCUCUCUGUGGUAUCAUCCACUCAAUCUUUGGUGGACAACCUCUCCUUAUUUUGGGAGUUGCUGAACCAACAGUUAUCAUGUACACUUACUUGUACAACUUCAGUAAAGGAAGACCAGACUUGGGGAGGGAGCUGUUUCUUGCUUGGGCCGGCUGGGUUUGUGUCUGGACGGCUCUCAUGCUGUUUCUUCUUGCAAUAUUCAAUGCUUGCACAAUUAUCACUAGGUUUACAAGGAUUGCAGGGGAACUUUUUGGCAUGUUGAUUUGUGUGCUUUUCAUGCAAGAGGCCAUUAAGGGAGUGGUGAGCGAGUUCAGUAUCCCUAAAGCCGAAGAUCCAAAAGAAGAGAAGUAUCAAUUCCAGUGGCUUUAUACAAAUGGGUUACUGGCAGUUAUUUUCUCCUUCGGUGUACUCUAUACUGCCCUCAAGAGCAGAGGUUCUAGGUCCUGGCCAUAUGGCACAGGGUGGCUGCGAAGCUUUAUCGCAGACUAUGGGGUUCCCCUUAUGGUAGUGUUGUGGACAGCAUUGUCCUAUGUUGUACCAGGAAAAAUUCCCUCUGGGGUUCCCAGGAGGCUCUUCUGUCCUCUUCCCUGGGAUGCUGAAUCAUUAUACCAUUGGACUGUUAUCAAGGAUAUGGGGAAGGUUCCAGUGACAUACAUUUUGAUUGCCAUUAUACCAGCUGUGAUGAUUGCAGGUUUAUACUUUUUUGACCACAGUGUAGCUUCCCAGAUGGCACAGCAGAAGGAAUACAAUCUUAAAAACCCAUCUGCUUACCAUUAUGAUAUGCUCUUGCUUGGAGCCAUGACUUUGCUUUGUGGAGUGCUUGGCCUGCCUCCGUCAAAUGGUGUCCUCCCGCAAUCACCCAUGCACACUAGGAGUCUUGCAGUCCUCAAGAGGCAGUUGAUUCGAAAGAAGAUGGUGAAAAGUGCCAAGGAAUGCAUUAAAAGGCAAGCUAGCAACUCAGAGAUCUAUGGACAGAUGGAGGCUGUGUUUAUUGAGAUGGACACUUCUCAAACUAAUAAUUCUGUUGAUAAAGAGUUGGAGAACUUGAAAGAGGCUGUCAUGAAAAGGGAAGAUGGAGGAGAUGAAAAUGGAAAAUUUGAUCCCGAGAAGCACAUAGAUGCUCACUUGCCUGUCCGAGUUAAUGAGCAAAGAGGAAGCAAUCUGUUGCAAUCUGCACUCGUUGGUGCUGCAGUGUGCGUUAUACCUGUGAUCAGGAUGAUUCCUACCUCAGUUCUUUGGGGAUACUUUGCCUAUAUGGCCAUCGACAGCCUCCCUGGUAAUCAGUUCUGGGAGAGGUUGUUGCUUCUCUUUAUCACUCCUGGACGACGUUUUAAAGUCCUCGCAGGUGUCCAUGCUUCAUUCGUGGAAACAGUUCCAUUCAAAUACAUUGCCUCGUUCACCCUCUUCCAGCUUGCUUAUUUUCUGGUUUGCUUCGGGAUCACAUGGAUACCUAUUGCUGGAAUAUUGUUCCCUUUGCCAUUCUUCAUCCUUAUAAGUAUCAGAGAACAUAUUCUUCCCAAGUUCUUUUCACAGCAGCAUCUUCACGAAUUAGAUGCAGCUGAAUACGAGGAGAGUGCCGGGGUGCCAAUGCGCAGUGGAAGUUUGUCAUGCAGGGACACGGAUGAAACAAUGGAUGAGGAUGUAUCAAGUCAAGAGAUACUGGAUGAGAUGACAACCCGGAGAGGCGAGCUGAAGUUUAGAUCUGUAAGCAUCUCAGAAAGGCACCAUCAGGUUUUCCCAGACCAGUCCUAAACACCAUGAUUCUCAAGAGAAAGAUUGUUGAAGAGUUUGUCUUUUUUCAUGAAGUUGACUGACUGAUGACAUACAUGACUCUAUCUAUUUACGUACAUGACUCUAUCUAAAAACCAAAGAAGAUCGCAAGCGGACCAAGUACAAAAGUGGGAAGCUGGGAACAUGGAGAAAUGGGAAGAACAGAAAGGAUGAAGCAGUCCAGAUGAAUUUCUGUCACUAUUACUUGGUCCAUAUCCAACAAGUAGGUGGAAGCCAUUAGGCAUUAUCUAGAUUCAUUUACAUGAUUCUUUUCUCCUGUGAUUGAAUGCAUUUACAUAUUUGCUAUGUGGAAAGAGGGAUUUGAAUAAAGAUGGGGAUGAAACAAGGAGGGGACCUAAGACUUCAUCAUGUACUUGGUUUUCACUUUAUAAAACUUGAGCACUACUUGGCAUCUCUUUCUGGCUUCUUAAUCAUAAUCCUAAGGAACUCAUUCUAACUUGUAACAAUGAAACAGGUUUCCUAAGGCAAUGGAACUACAUGCUCUGUUUCCACUGUCCUCUACUUCUCC